AUGGAGGGUGCGAACCAGCAGCCAGCAGUCCCCACAGCCUUUGCGCCUCCGCCGCCUUUGUGGAAGCACUUCACACGCGACAACCUCGACCGGCUGGAGAAGAUCAAGAACGAGGCCUCCAAGGGCAAGGACGGGCGCGUCAAUCGCAACAAGCAGUGGUCACCGUCAGAAUUGCGCGCCCUAGAUGUGCCCCAAGAGCUGCGCUUCCUGGUGCCACCAGAGAUUCCUGCGGGGCAAUACUCCGUCUUUGGCGAGCUACAAAGCCUCUCAACAACUCUGCCAUCCUUGAAAGAACAGGGCAUCGAGCAGCUAUAUCCGGAGCCAGAGGCCGACACUUCACGCGACCCUUCGAAGCCCUCCCCACUCAACCACGCCUACUACCUACUGAAGAUCAGCAAGUCCCUUCUUCUCAAUUUUCUGGAAUUAGUUGGAGUCCUUUCGGUGUCGCCCGAGCAAUUUGAACCCAAAGUGGAGGACAUGCGCAAUUUGUUCAUCAACGCCCACCACCUUCUGAAUCUCUACCGACCUCACCAGGCCCGCGAAUCGCUCAUUAUGAUGAUGGAGGAACAACUCCAGCGCACCAAGGAUGAGAUUAAGCAAAUGGACAAAGUCAAGGCGGAUAUUGAGGGCGUUUUAGACCAGCUGGAGGCCGAGGGCCGCCAAGUGGGAUUGGCAGAACAGUCCGAUGGUGAGAAUCACUCGAAGGAGGCUGCUCGACGCGCUGUUGAAAACUCCCGACUGGUCUGGAACCUUUUGGACCAAGAAAACUGA